GACUGGUAUUUUAACUACAUGGAUAGUUUACAGAAAUAAUGUCUCAUGGGGCAGACUGCCUUUAGUGUAGUUACUAUUUGAGCACUGACAGUGUGUUUACUUCUGUAAUCAGUGAUAUUUUUGCAAGUGCUCAUAGCAAACACAAACAGUGUACAGCAGUUGUUCUCAAUCAGGGGUCACUCUGGGGGCUUCAGCAAACUUCCAAGAUGACAUAAGAUGAAUUAAUUUUAAACUAAGACAAAACAAGCUUUAACAACUAAAAAUCAAGAUAUUUAUUAUUUUAAUUCACCCCCAACAACUGUUUUUUCCCCUCUCUUUCUUUUGAGAACCAGGGUUCCCACAGUCCUGGAUAAAUGAGGCAGUUUUAAUGGGGAUAAAAGUGUUAUUUCUAGACCUUGAAAAAUCCUUUAAAUUCAUAUUCAUCUCUUAAAAUGCUUUUGAAUUUUGUUUAUUUAAAUUCUUAUUAUUUUCAAUUUUGGUUAUAUUUUAAAAGGCUACACUGUUUGUUUGUUUGUUUGUUUGUUUGUUUGUUUGUUUUAAUAUUGAGGAGUGUAAAAAAUAAUAAAUUUUCCAAACCGUGUGUUUACUGUACCCAGCUACACUUUGAUAAACCUUUAAAAAAAAAUUUUUACAGCCGUCGGGACAGAUUUAAUGGGAAAUUUGCCCGUCCAUGUCUCAUCAUACCUGAUAACCCCUCAUCCGCGCAUAUGGUGUGGAAGUAGUGUGAAGCUAGAAGUUGGAUAUCACAUCACAAGGAUUGACAACUUUUGACCAUGUACCAUGCAAAAAGGCAAAACUUCGGGUUGUUAAAAAAGUAGCAUCUACAAGCAAACAGAGUGGAAAUAACAGUCCGUAAUAAAAUGUGAAUCAACAUUGGUUUGGCUCUUCAGAAGUGAGAACUAGAUUUGAAAAGACAUGUAACCAUGUAGUUCUCUAACAGUAGAGUGAGUUUAUAAUAACGUUUUACCAUAUCAGGUUAGUGUCUAAUGUUAACUUUUAAGUAAUUAAUUUAAAAACAUUAUUGUUUCUAAUAAGUCUAAACAUCAUAAGAAAUGGCUCUUGAUCACGUGAUGAUUUUUUUAUUUAUUAUGAUUUCCAUGUGCUACGAAACACAUUUGUCUGCGCAGAGAAGCACAACUCACCGAAUGUUCUUCUGCAAGACAGUUUUCUUUUGCCACUUGAUAAGACACAAUGUAACUUUAAAGAUUGUUAUUUUAUAACCUCCUCAAAAUGAAACCCACUUGGUGGCCUAAUCCAGUCUCAGAGCGAAAUGAUGAACGUGGUCCAAACUGUGAGGUAACGGGACAAAAAUAGACAUGUUUUGACAUUUUUGUCAUCUUGCAGGUCAGGGUGUUGCAGUGGUCUUUAAUGUCAGCAGUAUGCUUUUCAACUGAUUGGUCUUAUAUUAAACAUGAGUUAAUAAUUAAUGUCUGAAAUCCCUGUGUAAUUUUGUUAUAGAUCGAGAUCGAGUCAUCUUACACACAUUUUGACUGAGGUCCUGAUUAUUCUGUGCCCUGUUCAUACCAUCCAGGUCUCUUACAGGGGUGUUGUGUACAAAACCAGUCACAGCCACAACAUCUUUGAUUCUCCUCCCCCUGUCCCAUGUCCAGCCCUCUGCAUGCCUUGGCUGGCUUUCUCUCCUGAUUUAGAUUGUGCUCUGCACACAGGGACGGGAGCACAGCUCUAGUUUGCUCUAGUCAGGCCAACUCAAGCACUGAAUGCGUUUGUCUCACAGUGGGACCCCAGAACAUGGACCCUCUGACGGAGUUCCCCUUUAUGGAGGAUGAGGGGCUCACCAUGAAGAGGACAGACUGACCAACCUGCAGCAGGGGUUUCCCUCUCUGUGUCCUUCUCAGGGCCUCUCCAAGACCCUGACUCAGACGUGUAUACUAAGUUCUUCAUGAGUCACUGCUGCUACGAUGCCAUUCCAACAAGCUCCAAACUGGUCAUCUUUGACACAACACUGCAGGUAAAGAAAGCAUUCUUUGCACUGGUUGCAAACGGGGUCAGAGCGGCACCUUUAUGGGACAACAAGCUGCAGUGUUUUGUAGGGAUGCUCACCAUUACAGACUUUAUCAACAUUCUCCAUCGUUACUACAGAUCUCCCAUGGUUCAGAUAUAUGAGCUGGAGGAACACAAGAUUGAAACAUGGAGAGAAGUCUAUCUACAGUAUUCUAUCAACUCCCUGAUCAGUAUCACACCUGACUCCAGCCUCUUCGAAGCCAUUUAUUUCUUACUGAAGAACAAGAUUCACCGGCUACCCAUCAUAGAUCCAGAAUCAGGGAACGUCCUCCACAUACUCACCCAUAAACGAAUCCUCAAGUUCUCACAUAUCUUUGGCUCUAUGAUCCCCAAGCCACCAUUCUUACAGAAGCGGAUUGAGGAAGUGAAAAUUGGAACAUUCAAGAGCAUCGCAACCGUCAGGGAGACAGAAACGGUUUAUGACGCUUUAUCAGUAUUUGUAGAGCGACGGGUCUCGGCCCUGCCUGUUGUCAAUGAGCAAGGGAAAGUGGUGGCACUUUAUUCCAGAUUUGACGUCAUUAAUCUGGCUGCACAGAAAAACUACAACAACCUGAACAUGACGAUGCAGGAGGCCAUUCAAAGCCGUCCGUGCUGCAUUGAGGGGGUGCUGAAGUGUUACCCUCACGAAACCCUCGAAACCAUCAUCGAUCGUAUUGCUGAGGCAGAGGUUCACCGUCUAGUGCUGGUGGACACAGAGGAUGUGGUGAGAGGAAUCGUCUCGCUCUCUGAUUUGCUUCAGGCACUGGUCUUGACUCCUGCAGGCGUUGAAGCACUUUUCUCUUAACACCAGUGGAGGGCUCCCUCUCCAUCAUCAGCUUCAUUUCAUACCCUCUCAUACCAGAAUGUUGUCCUAAAGCAAACCAUGAGCCUUGAAGUUGAAUGCUUGAAGACAGAGUGUGUAAAUAUUUUUCAUGUUUGGGGCACUUUGGGAUUUUAUGUACUUUAAACAUCUCUAAUUAUAUUUUGCACAAAUUUUACUUGUGUAUUUGUAUAAUUUAUUAAAGAAUUGCCACAUAAUAA